UCGGCUCACGGUGACCGCGGGUGGAGAUAUCCAACGAACUGUUAGCCUGCCACCACGGGCUCUUCCUGUGUUAGCAUGCUAACAGGGAAGCUAGUUGUAGGCUCAGGUGAGCAGAGGUCCACCUGAUUAAUGCUCAUGUCAUCAGUUUCACUUCCUUGUGGGAGCUGAAUGACGUGAUUGAUAGUUCUGCUCCUCACCUGAAGAUCACAGGCUGUUUCUUGAUCAGCCCGCCACCAGUUGGUUCUGAUUAGUGUCUGUGAAGUCACUGAAAGCGUCACGUGACUUGCCAGGCGUACAUACCUGUGGAGGUGGCGGGACACGGGUCCAGUUAAGCUACAGCGGGCUGUGUCACCAUCCACCUCACUCAUAAAGCCCACGCCCAGCAGGUGAUGGCGGAGCGGCGGGUCGAGUGCUCGUGGAAAAAACACGUGUCGGAGCAGCUGAAGCUCAGAGACCGAGAACAGAGACAAGCCUUCGAGGAGAUCAUCCUCCAGUAUAACCGUCUGCUGGAGAAGUCGGACCUGCAGGCUGUCCUAUCAGAGAGAUACCAGGCUGACAAAUAUGACGUCCAGAGAGGACACGAGGCCAGUGUUACAGACUCGAGUCGCAGCGAUGCCCUGCAGCAGGAGAUGGCUCAGAUGAGAAUCAGACAUCAGGAGGAGCUGACAGAGCUGCAUAAGAAACGAGGAGAGCUGGCCCAGAGUGUGAUCGAGCUGAACAACCAGAUCCAGCAGAAGGACAAAGAGAUCCAGAACAACGAGGCCAAGAUGCUUGAAUACCAACAGCAGAUCUCCAGCCUGGAGGGCGACUGCCGCGAGUUGAAGAGCUGCCUACAGGACUUGGAGAGAGCAAACCAGACGCUGAAAGAUGAGUACGACGCCCUGCAGAUCACCUUCUCCGCCCUGGAGGAGAAGCUGAGGAAGACCACAGAGGACAACCAGGAGCUUGUGUCGCGCUGGAUGGCAGAGAAAGCUCAGGAGGCCAACAGGCUGAAUGCUGAGAACGAGAAGGACAGCAGACGGCGACAGGCCAAAUUGCAGAAGGAACUAGCAGACGCCGCCAAAGAGCCGCUGCCCAUCGAGCCGGACGACGACAUUGAGGUGCUGGCAGAGGAUGGCGGGAAGGUGGGGGGAGAGACGUCACCCAGCCGACCACUCAGCAGGACUCCCAGUAAGAAGAUCUCCCAGCAGCCUCCUGGGGGUCUGCUCGACUCCAUCUCCAAUAUAUUUGGCAGGCGUCGGAGCGCCAACUCUUUCAGCACUUCACCAGAAAGCACUGAGGCCCAAUCAGGCGUCUGUGCGGAGGUCCGCGUGCCAACCACAGCGCUGCACAUCUUUGAAGCUCAUGAUGGCGAGGUGAAUGCUGUGAGGUUUAGCCCUGGCUCCCGUCUCCUAGCAACAGGAGGGAUGGACCGCAGGGUGAAGCUGUGGGAGGUCGUGGCUGGUCGCUGUGAGCCUAAAGGAGCUCUGACGGGCAGCAACGCGGGAAUCACCAGCAUCGAGUUUGACAGCGCUGGUUCCUACCUGCUGGCUGCCUCAAACGACUUCGCCAGUCGAAUUUGGACUGUUGAUGACUACAGACUGAGGCACACACUGACAGGUCACAGUGGGAAGGUCCUUUCUGCUCGCUUCCUGUUGGACAACGCUCGCAUUGUCUCCGGGAGCUACGACCGGACCCUCAAACUGUGGGACCUGCGCAGCAAAGUCUGUAUGAAGACGGUGUUCGCAGGCUCCAGUUGUAACGACAUUAUCUGCACCGAGCAGUGCGUCAUGAGUGGACACUUUGACAAGAAGGUUCGCUUCUGGGACAUCAGAGCGGAGAGCAUUGUGCGCGAGCUGGAGCUGUUCGGCAGAGUGACGUCUUUGGACCUGAACCACGACCGUACCGAGCUGCUCACCUGCACCAGAGACGACCUGGUGAAGAUCAUCGACCUGCGCACAAAUGCUGUGAAGCAGACGCUCAGUGCGCAGGGCUUUAAGUGUGGAGCUGAUUGGACCAGAGUGACCUUCAGUCCUGACGGCAGCUAUGUGGCCGGAGGAUCAGCUGACGGCGCCCUGUACAUCUGGAAUGUGUUGACGGGAAAAGUGGACCGAACUCUGGACCGGAAUCACAAUUCUGCCAUCAACUCUGUGUCGUGGUCACCUUCGGGAGCAUACGUGGCGAGUGUGGAGAAGGGCAGCCGGGCCAUCCUGUGGUCGGACAUGUGACCGGGCCUGAGGAGGCGGAGUCAGGCUGUGGGCAGCCGGUGGACUCCUCUGUGCCAUCUUCGUCCUGGUGAAGAUGAAGAGGAGCCACUGAGACUGUGGCGAUGAGCUGCUGUGUUCUGUGUUUCUGCAGCUUUUAAUGUUCAGUCAUUUUAAUGAAGAAGAGGAGGAGGAGGGGUCAUGUAUGGCACCACAGCUGCUGGUAAUAAGGUUUGAUUGUGAGGCUCGGACAGCAGGUGGACGCGCUCGUCAGGUGACUCGUUAGAAACAUGGAGAUGUUUUCCUUCCGUGCUGACACUUCCCCUCCUCACCGUCACUCCAGGGGAAUGCCCUGGGAACAGGAAAUAUGUGCACUGUCCAAUCAGAGCCUGUUUGAUGGUUACAGAAACUGUGAUGUGGUUUGUCCUUGUCUGCAUUCAGCAAUGCCUCAUUUCCAUCUCGCCACUCCACCCACUCCUGGUACCGCCCACUUCCCACUCUUCGCUUUCCACUGCAGACAGAACCACGUCCUCCCAGUUGGGCUGAGUGUGUGUCGUCCAUCUGUGACAUAAUUGGCAGGCAGGCGUGUUAAUGUCGCGUGUUCCAAACAUGGCGCCCGCUCGCACCUCGACCAGCGAACUCGGUUCUGUUGUUAGUGGAAACAGGGAGACGGCGAGCAGAGGUGGGCGGAGUUGAAAUGGGGUCGUUUGGAUCGUAAAGGUUUGAAUGAACUUCCACCUGUGGUGUUUAUUCCACUAACAGGAAAUGGACAUUUACAUUAAACGGUAUCAGAGUACACGCUGUGUGUCUCUCAUUCACAGGUGUGUUACCUGAGCAUACCUGCUAACCAGCUUUUAUCUUCAGUACUAAUCAGCAGAGUAACCAAAAUCUCACCUGCUGAGCGUGGAGAGGACGCCGAGUUCGAGUCUGUUUGUAAUCUGAUUACAGAUGAAGCCUGAGCUCAAUAAUAAACUGCGGGCGGUUAAAGUUCAGCGUUCGCUCAGACCCCACCCCCGUGUAUGAGGUCACACCCUUCAUAUGUUUGUGAAAAUGUAACAGGACCACACAACAAAACACAACAGGUCAAAGGUCAACAGAUCAAACACAGGACAAUAACUGGAGAGGGCAGUGUGUGUGUGUGCACAUAAUUAAAGUAAAAAUUUAUUUCUGUAGCAUUUCAGGAGUUCACAAAGCGCUUCACAACACUAAAAACAAAAACGAGGUUUUUGCUGGUUUUUGAAGGAGACUUGGAUCUCCGAGGGAGAAAGCUGCGGUCUGUGGAGGCAGCACUGCAGCUCACUCUCCUUCAGUUCUCCUCCUGUCAGAGGAGGAAAAAUGUUUUGUUGGUAACUACAGCAACAACCAAAACCACAAUAACAAUAUGACAAAGUAAGCAGGAAGUAUUCAAAGUGCACAUUUAGUCAGCAGCAGUUUGGGGGCGCUGUGGGAAAGGACAGAACAAGGCAGCAGUGUUAUCUCAGGGCAAGCAUGGCGACAGUGCUUACCCAGUGAAAUCUAAAAAAUGGACAUCAAUUAAAACAUACCAACAUGUGGUCUCUCCUUACAGCAGAUCUCAAACUGUGUUCGGUCUCAUAAAGCUGCUCCCGUUAGCUCUGCUGGACUUGAAUCACAUUGGAAUCAGUGGUGUCUGUCUGGGGGGGCAGCAGUUAGUUCUGUGGUCUUUGGUGGAUAAUGAUGGGAGACCGUGCGCUGGGCAAACUGCUUGUGGCUCUGCUUUGACAUCAGUUACUAUCUGCGCAAGUUUUCGAUUACUGAUCACUUCAGCCAAAAUGUGACAGAAGAAUUGGGGGGGGUGUCAGGUCCUGGUUUAAAAAGAGGAAUGUUGACUACAUUCAGAAGUGGUGUCCAACCUUUGAAUUAUUGUGGUUUAGUAAUAAUGCAAACAGAUCAAUGGUCACUGAAGCGUGUUCAUGAAUGAUUACAUUUGUGAUAUAAACUCCACCAGGUUUGCAAGAACCCGCUGAUCGAUCACAAUCCUCACAGCACUGUCACCAACAUCACUGGUGGGGGGGCGGAGUAAAAUGCAAAAUGGUGUGCUGUUUAUUUGUAAUGUGUCAAAAACGAAACUACAUCUUUUGGGCAAACAAUACUGUGCAAAAGUCUUGAGUCACCUCAGUUCUUUAUAUUUUGCAGGAAAAUAUUUAAUAUUUAUUGAAACUUGGAAAUGCAGCAUAUGACCUUGAAAGUCAGUAUUUGGUGUCACCGCCUUUAUUCUGAAAUCUCUGGGGCAGCUUCCUGCAGUCUGCAGAAACAGUUCUCCAGGCUUCCUGAAGGACAUUCAAAGCUCUUAUUUGGAUGUUUCUGCCUUUGGUUCUGAGGUCUGGGCUCUGGGGAGGUCGAUCCAUGACUGAUAGUGUUCCAUCGUAAAUUUGAGGAAUGUUUAAUGGGCAAAAUCUGCCUAAACAAAGGCAUCUGAAACCGUUAAUCACGUUCUUCAAUAAUGAAUCAUACAUUAAAUGCUGUGCCACCUCACAUCGUGCAUUAUGAACACUGCACGUUAUACAGACCAUGAAGAAAAAAAAACUGUUAGAUAUGAAACUGCAUUACUACACAUGUUCUCGUCUUAUUAAACUAUGACAAAUUAACUCAGAAAAAACUAAUAAAUUGCUACUGAAAA